AUGACACGAAGCAACGUUGAGUUGAAUAAAUCUGAACGUGAUCCUGAUGACACUGACUGGCGUAUUUGGGCUAAUCAACUUUUAAAUGACAUUGAGGGAGUUUCCAAUGAACGGUCCAAAUAUGGGCUAACUUCACGGGGAUUGAAGAAGUUGAUUGAUGGAUUACUAUAUCCUAUUAAAAAGGAUUUGAAUGAGGGAGUGAUUACGACAAGAUUGGCUUUCAUUCAUUGUUUGCUGAAAGAGCUUGCGUGUAUCGCAAUGAAGCAUAGUAGCGAUACACGGGAACAUGCUAUAGCCACGGAUCUGUAUCGAAUAUGGGAAAGUCAGUUGACGACGUCGACAACAGCAUCUUACUGUUCCACACCUAAGGAGGCUCGUGUCACUGAAUAA